ACUUGGAUUACUGCGCAUGUCUGUUGUGGUCCCAAUCGAAAUUAUUUCAAUUUUCUGUCUCGUACAUUAAUCAAAAUGCCACCAAAAGGAAAGGGUGGGAAGGGUGGUAAAGGUGCUGCUUCUGGAAGUGCAGACGCUGAAAAAAAGGAAAAGGCACCAAAAGGAGGCACUUCUGUUAAGGUUCGACACAUCCUCUGUGAAAAACAUGGAAAAUGCAUGGAGGCGAUGGAAAAACUGAAAGCCGGAGUUCGUUUCAGCGAAGUAGCGUCGCAGUACAGCGAGGACAAAGCCAGACAAGGAGGCGAUCUGGGCUGGAUGACGCGAGGGUCGAUGGUCGGACCUUUCCAGGACGCAGCGUUUGCUCUUCCUGUCAGUUCGAUGGAUAAGCCCGUCUACACAGACCCUCCUGUCAAGACAAAGUUUGGGUACCACAUCAUUAUGGUAGAAGGGAAAAAGUGACCUCUCAACAUCUAAAACAGGACUAAUAAAUUCACUUGUGGGUUCCAUUGUGUUUUUUAUUUUUAUUUUAUUACGUUGCGCUUUAAGAGAA